AUGGCCAUAGCGUUGUCUUUUUAAUAUGAAGGAUUGGUGUCUUCCAUGAUUAAAUGCAAUUUUUCACAGGCAUCAUAUAUUUCUUCACGUGCCUUUGAUAUUUCGUUGCUCAAGUCAAUAUAUUAGUUAUAGAGGUAAUGGGCUUAGUUAGCCUAUGCAUUUGCAAUUGACAUUUUUUAAUGUUUUUUUGAUAUUUCGAUAAAUUUUAAUUUAUUUCUUUGUUUUUUAAAGGUGUUUGGCCUUAUGAGCCCUUUUGAAUUUUUCGCUUUUUAGAGUUUAAAUUUUAUGGUUGUAGUCUAAAGAGAAAAGAAGUUCUCUUGA